ACUUUUUAUCGUUUAAUCGACUCAACCGGCGGCGCGCUACGCCCGCGUCAUCAGUUCCUAACGGAGUCGCGUGGAGACUGUACGCAUCUCUUCGCCAGUUCGAAACUUAAAAAUUCCCAAACAAACCAACCGAUUAUUUGUUUAGACGUUGUGACAAAUAUUUGUGUUAACUACGUGAACGAUCUUGUGUGAGUGUUUUAUGCUAAGAGGAUUUCAAUUUUAUACAUCUUAUCAAGUGGAAUCAUGCCAUCAUCGUUAUCAGUACGAGAGAGAUCUUCGACUUGUGACGUUGUUUAAAACCGUUCAUAUCGGAUAUUAAUCCAGCGGUAAAAUAAAAGUCAGUGCGUCGCGCCGACGAACAUCGAUAGCAUUCGAUCAGGAGCUCGCUCGCAUCCUUGAGCCUCCUAGCAUUUCGAAUAAAAAGUUCGAAAUUUAAAUUCGAAUUUCGAACGUAACAUUCGGAAUUUUGAUUCGAACUUCGAACUUAAUAUUCGGAAUACCCAACUUAGCACUCGCAUAUAAAUUCGAAUUACGAAUAAACCGCGUUCGUACGUGGUAGAGUGUAUAAAGUUGCGUGUGCAGUGGACAUUAAAGAAAUAAAUAAAAUGGCGAGUACGGGCAGUGAAAUUUGGCUGCAAUGGUUCGCGUGCUGCUACCAGCCGGCGGCGCAGGCGCAACGCACGCGCCGGAGAAUAGACAGGAGCAUGAUCAGCGCGCCGACCAACUUCCAACACACCGGACACAUAGGUUCAACGGACGUGGACAUCCCAUCGUCACUGCUGCACAGUAUGCAGAACCAAAUGCAAAGCAAAGGAGGCUACGAAAUGGCUUAUGGUGUUAAGGUAUAUUGACGCGGGCGCACCACGGACGAUAGUGACAAAACAAAGUGAAAAUGUGUUUUAUAAUGAUCUAACUAUAUUUAUUGUCUACGUUAUUAUAAGUUAUUUUAAGUUUAUUUUGUUAUGUACAUAACCGAAUUCGGUAAAGAUGUUUAGUUACCCGUUUCGCCUAAAUUGAAAAUUAAAUCAUUUCAUAUUUUUGUGUUAGGUUUAUUAUGUCCAAUAAAGUCAAUAUUAUUAAUUUGUAUUCAUACAGUGCUUUGUAAUAGAAAUGGGAUGCGUGUGAAGGAACGUUAGUUGUAUUUUAUCUGAUAUCUCUGCCAAACUACAUUAGCCCAAGACAAAUAUAUUAUAGAUAUCCUUUAAUUAACUUUUAUGAUAUGCCAAUUUGUAUCCUAUUAUUCAAUUUUACAUACUAUUUACUUAUUAAUUGCGUUUGAAAUCUUAUAGUAGUAGUUUAUUUCAAUAAGGUAUUAAUAAUGAGGAAUCCACACUAAACACAUGUUUAUAGCAUUGAAUCAGGUAAAACAUAGAUAGAUAUAAUGGUAGCCAUGAUGUAGUACCUAUGUCAUUAUUUUAGUCCUAUAGGGGUCGGUCAUUACACAUAGUUUUUAGGAUUUAUCCAGAAAGAUACUGCAUUUAUACGGACACAAACCGGAUUUAUCCGGAAUUUUUAACAAUAAUUAUAUUAUUCGUAGCGAAACAAUAUGAUUUAGUGUGGAUUGUUCAUUACACGUAUAGACUUAUUAGUACUCAACCUGUCCCAUACUUAACCUCAAAUGUAAUUCCACUGUUCCUAUAGGGUGUCAAAUUGUAGAGCCUUAAAUAAAUAUUCCGUCGAUACUGCCUUGUAAUAAGAUUUUUCAUAUUCGUAGUUUUAUAUACUAGUAGAAAAUACGCACAGGAUGCCACGCAGUUUGAUUAUAUAAAGUAAUUUAAAAAUGAAUUUGUGUGGAGAAUAAAUUUAAAAUCGUUGCUAAAAUAGCUCCACGUGGAGUCGCGUGGCAAACUUAGUAUAGAAUCAGGUCAAUCAAACGAUAGUAAUUAAGUAAAGAGUAUAAUAAAUAUACAAUAAGAAACAGAAAAUUAUUGCAUCUUUAAAGAAUUUCAUAAUUUUAUUAUCUUUAGAAAUAAAACUGUGUGGUUAUAUUUAUAACGCAUUUAUGAAGUUUGAAUUGUAAUCGUCACUUGAAAAUGUAGCUGUAUGACACAAAUUGGGAAUAAAACGUGUGUAAUAUUGUAUAAGACAUGUAAACUCAUGUCAAUUGUAAUAAUCUAAAAUUAUUCUCAAAAAAUGUAGCAUAUUUACAUAGCUUUUUAUAUUUUUCAAUAGAUAUAAAUGUUUGAAUAUGUAACGCAAUUGUAUAUUCGUCAAUAUUAACAAACUUGCAAGAAAUUUACGGGCCAUUGUCAUGACUUUAUUCGUGUUAAACCGGCAUAGGUGUUGCUAUUGUAGAAUUCAGAAUUAUUUUGGCUAUUUAUAGAAUUCCCGUGUCCACGUCUCAUAUGACCUUAUUUGCCUCUAUGUUAACCGGUAGCAGCCAUUUUAUUGUUAGGUAUUUUUACGCAACAAAAUAAAAUAAUAUUAAUCGUUAACACCUUUUACUUAAUAUUUAUCAGGUUCACAUCGGUACCAUAUUUUUCGGUUCGGGCGCACACAAUGUUGCCAGGGUACAUAAAAUAUAAUAUUGGCAUACACAAAUGUUUACACAUUUUAAUUCUGGCACAGAACAAAGCUUUUCCUAUGCCCUUGUAAGCCAAUUUAUUGGUCUCUAAUGAAGAGUAGAGAAAUCUUAAACGUGUGCACGAACAUAUUUCAGCAUUUAUAUCUAUAUGUGAGGUAGUUUUGUUGUUUGUUUGUGUUAAUAGUCUUCUUGCCCGAACGUUUUUGGGCAAACGAACGACUGAUCAGAGAGUUAUACAGGAGACUGAGAUUAACAUAUUGUAGCAAUUUACCGACGUUUACAGCAUCUCUGUUUAGUUUAAUUAGCGAUAUAGGUGUCUGCCCAUCGUCUAUUUCAACAAAUCCAUAUUUAAAUGGAUAAUUACGGUAUUUUUAGAAUUACCUUGAAUCACUAAAAUAAGGUCCUCGAUUUGGAAAUUUCCGGCAAACCAAUGCAAUUAAUACACGGCAAUACGAAAUAUGUCCAAUUACGGUGCAUUUACCCUAAUCACCAUGUAGGUGGAGACUGGUCUAAUGUAACGCACCGUCGUUUUAGUUGAGAAAAGAUUUUUUUUGGAUUCUUUAUCCAUGUCAUUGACAAAUAUAUUUGUCGGUACCUAAUAAAUCAACCAGACUACUAGGAAAUUUACCAUGUAGCAAAGUGUGUGUAGAAUACUAAAGCAGCAUUCGUUGAAGGUUCACAGUCAUACAUCCGUCCUGCAAAAGAAAUAUAAAACGUUCAACUAAUGCUAAACAAGCUAUAACAACAGAGAUGCUGACCUUUCAACAAAUUAUGUUCUUCCAAAACACGCCAUACGUGAAAGUGUUACUAUAUUUCUCAAUAUAUAGUUUAAUUAAUCGUACUUGGGGUAUAUGGCCUCUUACCCAUUCUUCCUUUAUCCUUAUAGUGAAUGCAAAGCUAUAUUUCGAUAUUUAAAAUCUUUCUAAACAUAUAAGUAAGAUAUAAAUGACUGUUCUGUAAAACAGAUCUUCGUGGAAUCAUGUAAUAUGUAAGAAUUACAAAGUAUUGUAAAAGAUAUUUCGUUUUCUUAAAACUUGACUUUUAUUAAAAUAAAUAUUAUUUCAACGAGAGAUACUAGUCGGCACUUUCAAAUAGUUUUGUAAGCGACUGUUCACAAGAUAUAUGAAAAAUAAUUUUGUCAUUUUUUAAUUAAAACGACAAAGUUCUAUGUUAGGUAAUUGUAUGCAUAGUGUAAGCAUUGUAAUAGGCAUAAACGAUUUGUUCUUAUAAAAAAGAAUACGAAAUGGUA